AUGAGUAGUGCUAACAACAAAAACAAACUAUCAAAGAAAUAUGCUCCUCAUAUUGUAGCAGCAUCUUCCAUGCUUGCCUCUAUAACAACUAUGUCUUUAUCGCAUCCUUUUGAAGUUUUGAAAAUCGGACAACAACUAACUUUUGGAAAUACAACAUUUAAUCCUCGUCAUAAGAUAAAAUAUUAUUUUAAAGGUUUGAGUAGUUUGAACCUGGCUAUUGUAGGCAAAACUUUUAUUAGGUUUAGAGCUUACGAUUAUUUUUGUAAUCUAUAUGAAAACCCUCAGACGGGUGAAAUUAGCAAGUUUGACAUGUUCAAAGUCGGGGCAUUUUUAGGUUUCAUAGAAAGCGUUUGGGUUAUUCCGUUUGAAAAUUUAAAAUCCAGACUGGUUGGAAAUGGUUUGACCACAUCAGAAAAAUUACAAGGCAGAACGAAUAUAGGGCCUUUGCCUAGUAAAUUGAAUAGAAACCCGGUUUAUGAUAUCUAUUCCAACAGAUUCAGCAUAUAUUAUAGGAACGAAUACAGAGUUAAACCUUCAAUGACAUUCCCUCAAGCAGUUAAAGAAAUAUGGCAAGUUGAUGGUGUUAAGGGUUAUUUUAGAGGCAGCUUAGCCACAAUGUACAAAAAUAUGGCCAGUGCCUUUAUUUAUUUUUCAUUUUAUUCCUCAAUGAAAAAUGCAUUCAAUAAAGAAAAUGAUCGGUCGAAAUCCAUAUUAAUAGGUGUAGCAUCAUGUUCAUUAGUUGUUAUUUUCACACAACCAGUAGAUCUAAUCAAAACCAGACUACAAAGUAAUAGAUAUGGUCCUAGAUAUUAUACUGGGAACCUAGAUUGUUUUCGUCAUACUAUUACUGAAGAAGGUGUCUCUGCUUUCUUUAAAGGUUGGUUUCCAAGGCUUUUAAAGGUUGGUAUAAUCAAUAGUGGUGUUGGGCUUGGAUUGUAUCAAUACUACGAAAAAAUACUAACUCUAGAUGACAGCGUUUUCCAAUAA